AUGGCUUCUUCACGACUUCCGGGGCAAUUGUUCCAGUCUAAGCCGUUUAUAGCAUGUGCUGUAGCGGUUGCUAGUGUAGGAGCUUACUACAGCACUCGGUCCUCUCUCCUACCUACAGGACAUGCCGAGUCUACAACGACCCCGAAGGUCUUUGGCGGCUUUGGGUUCACCACAUUGCGCCUACAAGAUGUUAAACAGGUGAAUCACAACACCAAGCGCCUGGUGUUUAAAUAUCCCGAUGAAAAUGCCACAAGCGGUUUAACCUUGACGUCGGCGCUUCUCACAAUCUCUUGGCCCAAGGGAAGCUGGUUCCCUGUGCCCCGCCCGUAUACUCCCAUCAGCGACCUAAAUCAACACGGCUCUCUCGAAUUGAUGGUGAAACACUACCCAAAUGGCAAAGUCAGCACCCAUUUGCACUCGCUGGUCCCGGGUGACACCCUUACGUUCCUCACAGCCUUGAAAGGCUUCGCAUGGACGCCCAACAAGUUCUCUCAAGUCCACCUCAUCGCAGGCGGAGCUGGUAUCACACCAAUCUACCAGCUCAUUCAGGGCAUCCUCAACAACCCGAACGAUAAAACGAAAAUCAAUCUCGUGUUCGGUGUCAACACAGAAAAGGAUUUGCUCUUGAGGGAAGAAUUGGAACAAUAUAAGCAGCGCUUCCCCGACCGCUUUGACUAUACCUACACUGUUAGUCACCCGACGGAGACGGAUUCCUCUUUGCCCAGGGGAUAUGUCAAUGAGGAGCUGCUGCGGAAUGUCAUGAAGGGGUCGAACGAGAACUCCCAUGUCUUCGUGUGUGGUCCUCCUGCGAUGGAAGCUUCUUUGGUUGGAUCGCGUCGGACUGAAGGCGUUCUUGGCCGUUUGGGGUUCAAAAGGGACCAAAUAUAUAAAUUUUAG